AUGAAGCCGUGGAUGAUGGCAUUGUGCUGCAUUCUGGCCACACUGUCCGGGACGGCUGUCAACGUCACCGCCAAGGCGAAGCAACUCCUUGGAGAGCAGAAUUCACUCAAGGGUAUCGACAAAUCCCAAGAUAUGCUUGAUUAUCAAGGGAAUGACUGCCAACGCUGGCGAUUCGAGUUCCAGAAGGCGCUGCCAUUCGAUUCAUCAGCCUUUGUCGACGGGAUUGUCCCAUGCGACGACUUGUGCGAGACGGCAUUCAUGGACGCAUUGACAGAAGCAACGAAAAGAGACCGCUCCGCGACAACAGAGCCUAAAAUCGAUGAAUGUGUUGCUGCUAGCGGUGCCUGUGGUGGCCUGGCUCAAGGUGCCUGGCCAGAACCUGACAAUGCAUGCCGAUGCAAGACGGCUUUAGUCGUGCUUCGAUUGCAUGGCUACAUGGACAAUUCAAACUGUGAGCGAACAAGCUUGCAUCAGAGGCUCGCAACAGCUCUCAACUGGACCGUCGAUGGAUCUCCGAUACUUCGCAAAACAGGUCUGCGUUGUGACCAGCCGAAGAGCAGUCAGUGUACUUGUGCCAAGCUGGAUCCAGCCACCAAUUGGUAUGGUGUUGCUCAGGGCAACAACUGUCCUGAUGAUAUUAUGCCGGCUGAUGUUGCAUUGUCGGCCAACGAGCAACAGCCAAGUCUUGACAUUCCCAUCACAAUUCCCGACAAUAUCCUGCCCUGA